AUGUCCUGUGAAAAGAAAAGACUGGAUAAUGCUACGGAUAUAGGCCCAGAGAACUCUGAGGCAACACAAGAAUUACUAGAACUGUUAUCAUUUUUUAAGGCAAACCGUAACACUUUAGAUGGAUAUUUGUUAUAUUUGGAAGGAGUUGUCCUUAAGAAAUUGGAUCUUCGAAGUCAAGCAGUAUCAGUGUUACAAACUGCGAUAGCUGCUGCUCCAACCCUUUGGGCUGCAUGGAUAGAACUUGCUGGUUUAGCAAAUGAAUAUGAGGCGUUAGACUCUUUACAGUUGCCUAAGCAUUGGAUGAUGUACUUCUUUGCUGCACAUGCAUUUGUGGAACUGAAACUAUCGGAGCAAGCUUUAGAAGCAUAUACUGUAUUAGCUAAUGCCGGAUUUGAUAAAAGUACUUAUGUUACAGCACAAAUGGCAAUUGCACAUCAUGAUAGAAGAGAUGUCGAUUCAUCAUUGACAUUAUUUGGUGAACUAUAUCAGAAUGAUCCAUAUCGACUAGACAACUGGGAUGUUUACUCUCAUUUAUUGUAUUUAAAAGAAAAACGCAUGGAAUUGGCAAAGCUAGCACAGAAAGCUGUUUCUAUCGAUAAGUAUAGAGUUGAAACAUGUUGUGUUAUUGGUAACUAUUACAGUCUUAGAAGUGAACACCAAAAAGCUGUUGUAUAUUUUCAAAGAGCACUUUCACUAGAUCCACAAUACUUAUCAGCUUGGAUAUUAAUGGGACAUGAAUUUAUUGAAUUGCAAAAUUCUAAUGCUGCCAUACAAUGUUACAGACAAGCCAUAGAUGUCAAUAGAAACGAUUACAGAGCAUGGAAUGGACUGGGCCAGGCAUAUGAGAUUUUGGGUUUAAAUGGUUACUGCAUUUAUUAUUAUUCGAGAGCAGCGCAACUCAAGCCAGAUGAUUCUAGAAUGUUAGUCUCCCUCGGCGAGGCAUAUGAGAAAAUGGAUAAGAUUCCAAAUGCACUUAAAUGUUAUUACAAGGCUCAUAGUACUGGUGACAUUGAGGGAAUGGCACUUUUUAAAUUAGCAAAGCUUUAUGAGAAAUCAAACAUGCCAAACAGUGCUGCUGCAGCAUAUACUGCUGCUUGUCAAGAUCUAGCCAAUGCUGGAAGCAAGGAACUUCCCGCUGCACAACGCUACUUGGCUCAAUACUACUUAAGAUUCAGCUUACUUGAUCAUGCAGCUCAUUAUGCCUACAAAUGCCUGGAACAUGAAAGUACGAAAGAAGCAGGAAAAAAUAUUCUCAAGGCAAUAUCUGAUAAAAGAUUAGCUGCCUCGUCUUCGCAGCCUGCUAACUUGUCUGAUGACUUACCAGAUGCUAUCAAAAAUAUAUCGAGCACUUCUAUAACACAAGACACUCCGAAAACACCCUUUCCGAGCCCAAAUGUAACACCAGACAACUUCUCAACACCAAUGUUCUCAAGGAAGAAUAACAAGUACAAAAUG